UUGGUGUUUUUUGGUGAUUUUGGGUGUUUCUGCUUGCAGGCUGAAGACCAGGACCUCGGCCAGGUUCGGGCUGUCGGCGCAGCCGCGCCUCGUGGACAUCAUCGCGGCCGUGCCGCCGCAGUUCCGGAAGGUUCUGCUGCCCAAGCUCAAGGCCAAGCCCAUCAGGACGGCCAGUGGGAUCGCCGUGGUGGCCGUGAUGUGCAAACCCCACCGCUGCCCCCACAUCAACUUCACGGGCAACAUCUGCGUGUACUGCCCAGGAGGGCCUGACUCUGAUUUUGAAUAUUCCACCCAGUCCUACACAGGAUAUGAGCCAACAUCCAUGAGGGCCAUCCGGGCUCGCUACGACCCCUUCCUGCAGACGAGGCACAGAGUGGAGCAGCUGAAGCAGCUGGGCCACAGCGUGGACAAAGUGGAAUUUAUCGUGAUGGGUGGCACCUUCAUGGCCCUGCCCGAGGCCUACCGCGAUUAUUUCAUCAGGAGCCUGCACGACGCCCUGUCGGGCCACACUUCCAACAACGUGGCAGAGGCUGUCAGCAGAGCAGAGAGGAAGGUUGAAGGUGUGACAUUCUCGGUGUGAGCCCACCUGUGCUGCUCCUCCGGCCAUCCCCAUCCCCGCUGGCCAUUUGGGAUUUGGGAUUUGGGAAGCUGUGAGUAAUUGAGUCUUUGAUCUUCAGCUUUUGUCUGAGAGCAGAGUUCAAUGGAGAGGCUUUGUUAGCAGAGCUGUUGCUGUUUUUUUUCUCUGAGGGAGAAAAUGUUGGAGACCCGGCUCUGCUGGAGGAGUAGCUGCCUUGUAGGUGUAAAUAAAUGAGUUUAUUUAAGAGGCCAGCUCUGAUUUAAA